UCGGCGAAUGAGGCCCGCGACUCACACGUUUGUAGCGCCGCUCCGUCCGUCAUGAAGGCCGUCUCAGGCGGCUGCCUCAGGCGGGUGCCGGCCAGGUUCGUGGUGCUGUCCAUCCUGUGCCUGGGCACCAUCUGCCAGUACAACAUCAAGGUGGGCUUCUCGGUGGCCAUAGUGGCCAUGGUGCAGCCGUCCAACAGCAGCGAGGUGUCCGCGGGCGGCGAGCAGGCGUGUCCCGGGGCGGCGACCCCCGGAAACUCCAGCAGCGACGACGAGCACAAGCGCUACGACUUCGCGUGGGACGAGAGCCUGCAGGGAGUGCUGCUGAGCGCCUUCUACUACGGCUACGUGGCGACGCAGCUGCUGGGCGGCCGGCUGUCCGAGAUGCUGGGCACCAAGCGGGUCAUCGGCGGCGGCAUCGGGCUGGCGGGGGCGCUGUUCGCGCUCAGCCCCGUCAUGGCGCGCUGGCACGUGGGCGCGCUCGUCGCCGCGCGGGUGGGGCACGGCAUGCUGUGCGGCGUAUUUUUCCCUUCGCUGCAGGGAAUCUUCUCCAAGUGGUUUCCACGUGAGGAACAUCAGACCUUCAGUGGAGUGCUCAACUCUUUCAUGUACAUCGGCACCAUCACGGCGAUGGGCGUGACCGGGGUGCUGGCGGCCGCCGCCUGGGAGCUGGUGUUCUACGUGUACGGCGCCCUGGCCAUAGCGUGGAGCGCGCUGUGCUUCCUGCUGCUGCACGACUCCCCGGAGCAGCACCCCUCCAUCUCCCCCGCCGAGCGACACUACAUCCUCAAGGACUCCGCGCGCGAGACCAGCAAGGCGAGUCACCCCGUGCCCUGGUGCGCGAUCCUGUCCUCGGCGCCGCUGUGGGCCACCAUACUCAGCCAGACCGGCGGCAACUUCAUCUCCUACACCUUCCUGUCAGAGCUUCCGACCUACAUGAAGAACAUCCUCAAGUUCAACAUAUCAGACAGCGGCGUGGUGUCGGCGCUGCCCUACGUGUCGGCGUGGCUGGGGUGUGUGGGCAGCGGCUACCUGUCCCAGCUGCUGCAGCGGCGGGGCUGGUCGCGCCUCGCCUGCUACAGGGUCUUCAACGGCAUCAACGCCAUCGGCCCGGCUGUCUGCCUGCUGGCCAUCACGUUCGUGGGCUGCCAGACGACGGCCAUCGUGCUGCUGCUGGUGGUCGCCAACCUCUUCUACGCCACGUUCUACGGCGGCGGCAGCGUGGCCAAUGCGCUCGACCUGGGCAUCAACUUCACUGGCACGCUGUACGGCAUGAACCUCACCGUGGCCAACUCCAUGGGCAUCGUGACGGCGCUGGUGGCGGGCGCGCUCACCAACAACAACCAAACGAGGGGGCAAUGGGAGAAGGUGUUCUACAUAGCGAUAGCAUUCUCCGUCGCUCCUUACCUGAUGUUCCUCUUCUGCGGUUCGACCGAGGAGCAGCCGUGGAACAAGAUUAAGGAGAAGGAUGACGAGAACCAAAACGCAACAACAGCUGACAAGAAAACCGAAAAUGAACAACAAAAAAGCACACCUUAGUUUUGUUAAGUGUAAAUAAGUUUAUUAUAUUUUGUUAUUUAUGUA